UCAGAGCAAGAAAACAAGAGAAAAGACUCACAGCAGAGACGGUUCGUGGAUCUCGUCAUAUUUUGUACAGAUUUCUACUCUUCACAACAUGGACGUGUCAAAUACAAGGAGGAUUGUCCUACUGGGAAAAACCGGAGUUGGAAAGAGCAGCCUGGCAAACACCAUAUUGGGAGAGGCUCACUUCAAAAUAAACCAUUUUAAUGAUUCGAAAAUGCAUUGCUCUCCUGCUGUAACCAAAUUUGUCAACAGAAGAAGCAUCACUUUGAUCGACACUCCUGGUUUCUUUGAUUCAGUCAAGUCUGAGGAGGAGCUGAAGCCUGAGAAAGUGAGGUGUACCACAGAGUGCGCUCCUGGGCCUCAUGCUUUUCUCAUUGUGCUCAAAGUGGAGAAAUUCACAGAGCAGGAGAAGGAAGUCAUCUCAAAAAUUUGUGAAUAUUUCCCUGAAAACGCUCUACAAUAUGCUGUAGUUGUCUUCACUCAUGGUGACCAGCUCCCGGAAGGAAUGAAAAUGGAGGAGUAUGUGGCGCAAAGUCAGGGUUUGAGUGAUCUGGUGAAGAAAUGCGGAGGCCGAUGCCACGUUGUUGAUAAUAAAUACUGGAAAACCAGCGAAGAAGACGACUACAGAAGCAACCAGUUCCAGGUGGCAGAGCUGCUCAACACCAUAGACAAGAUGGUGAUGGAAAACAAAAGAGGAUACUAUACAGAUGAAAAGCUACAAGAAGUGGAAAGAAAAAUACAGAAAGAGGAAGAGCGAAUUAGACAGUCAUCAGCAAAAAUGUCUCAGGAAGAGAUCAGGAAUCAGGCUAGAAGCAAUGUCUUUAAGAAUCAGGUGAACAAUGCAGUGCAGACAUGGAUUAGACGUUUAAUGGGUUUUACAGUUAUAGCUGGAUUAUUUGUAACUGUCUCUGCAGUGUUGAUCAAUUCAAAAUUUUGGAGAGAAUUUUGUUGGUACCGCAGUUAAACCAAGAAUCAACGGCACCAGCAGUGGCAGAAGUGGUGAAAGAACAAGCUGAGGCAGCUUUAGAUGAUGUGUCUCCACCAGCCAGUACAAUAGGACAGGUUAUUGAGUUUGUCUUGGACAAACUGUACAACUUGUAUGAAAGAACAUGUAAUCCCCAUAAUCCAUUUGAAUGAAUAAAAUGAGCAACAGCAGAAGUCUUAAGAGAGGUUGAUACAAGGCAUAAAUUGUUGCAACACAAUCCACCUUGGAAGUAUUUGCUAAGUUUAAGGUGAAUUAUUUUUGAAAACCACUGCCAUUGGCAACUGGCUACCAAAAUUAGACACAAGGAUUAACUGUAUCAAGUAAAUUCUAUUAACUAGCUUACUGCUACUUUUGCUUUAUCUCUGAAAGAUGAACCCAUAAUCAUUUCUAUAGUAGUGCCCUCAGGAAUAAGGUGGAUACAGCUUAUAUGUAAUUAUUGUUUUUCCAAAUGUACGCCAGUGGUUGUUAACCACAUGUCCCAUAAUAAGUUCCAAGGUGUCCCAAGAAAAAAAAGGUUAUAGUUUAUUUUCACUAUUUUACUCACUAUAGAAGUGAGCCCAAUGGGAGUAAGAGUCAUAAAAAUGACUAUUCUGAUCAUCGGCCACUUUCUCCACAGUUAUCUCCUCAACUGUGGUUGACAACUAUAUAAGUCUGAUCUUCAACAUAUUAACAUCCAAAGUCUUUUUAGAUGGAUGUUCCUGAAGCAAAAUCAAUAUAAACUGAGGUUGUGACCUAGUGUAUGUUAAUAUAUAUUUAGGUGUCCUUAACACAAAAAAGGUUGAAAACCACUGGUGUAAGCUAUAAAAUUCCAUAGUUUAAGGUUUAAUUAUUUUUACCAUUGAGUUAUGGUCAUCCUUUGACUGUUCUUUAAACAUGGUGCAGAUUCAUUUUAACUGUGAUUACUUUUCUUAAAAUACUGAGUAAAUUAUCAGUAGAUUUGUAUAAAAAAUUUAAAUAUAUAUGUGUUUCUGACACAUUUUGAUAAAUGAUCUUCAAACUAAAGGUGGGUGAUGGGAUAUGAACUGUUCACGGCUUUUAGGUGUUUCUAACUAUUCUGUUGUAAUUAAUUUUACUUGUUUUAAGGGGCAUAAACUGUAAAAAUGUUGUAAAAAUAUCGAUAUAUUCUAAAUAUUUGUAUAUAGAAAUGCAUUGGACAGUUAAUGUUUUCUUUUGGCUUAGGCUUGAGACAUGCCUGCAUCAUAAACUGGAGGUUUAGAGCAUAAACAAGUGGACAUUUAGAGGGCAAGGAAGGUCUAUAAUGAAAGCUGCUCGAUGUACAUUAUGAGACAUGUAAAAUCCAGCAUGACUAAUACCAACUAAAAGUCUGUAUAUCUCUGCCUCUGCUUUGAUUUUAACCAAUUAAAAAAAAUCUUUUGUGAGCCCCACGACUUUAUAGAAGUAUAAUACUAUAUAACUGGUGUAUCCUUUAAUGGUGUUGAUUUUCUAUUUUUUGUGUCAACAUGAAUAACCUUGUCAUAAAUGAAUCAUAUAACAAUAAAACAGCUGAUCAGCAA